UUGACCGUCAGCAUUGAGCCUCUCCCACCUGUGGUGGCUGGUGAUGCUGUGACCUUGAAGUGUAACUUCAAAACGGAUGGCCGAAUGCGCGAGAUCGUGUGGUACCGGGUGACAGAUGGAGGCACCAUCAAACAGAAGAUCUUCACCUUCGACGCCAUGUUCUCCACCAACUACUCCCACAUGGAGAACUACCGCAAGAGGGAGGACCUGGUGUACCAGUCCACUGUGAGGCUGCCUGAGGUCCGGAUUUCUGACAAUGGUCCCUACGAGUGCCACGUGGGCAUCUACGACCGAGCCACCAGAGAGAAGGUGGUCCUGGCUUCAGGCAACAUAUUCCUCAACGUCAUGGCUCCUCCCACCUCCAUCGAAGUGGUGGCCGCUGACAAUCCAGCCCCCUUCAGCCGCUACCAAGCCCAGAACUUCACACUGGUCUGCAUCGUGUCUGGCGGGAAACCAGCACCCGUGGUUUAUUUCAAACGAGAUGGGGAAGCUAUUGAUGCAGUGCCUCUGUCGGAGCCUCUGAUUGCCAGCUCUGGUCCCCUCCAAGACGGCAGGCCCUUCCGCAGCCUCCUCCACCGAGAUCUGGAUGACACCAAGGUGCAGAAAUCGCUGUCCUUGCUGGAUGCUGAGAACCGGGGUGGGCGCCCCUACACGGAGCGUCCCUCCCGAGGCUUAACCCCAGAGCCCAGCAUUUUCCUCCAGCCCACCACUGAGAACAUUCCGGAGACUGUAGUGAGCCGGGAGUUCCCCCGCUGGGUCCACAGCGCGGAGCCCAUCUAUUUCCUGCGUCACAGCCACGCCCCAGGCAGCGACGGCACCGUGGAGGUGCGCGCCUUGCUCACCUGGACCCUCAACCCGCAGAUCGACAACGAGGCCCUCUUCAGCUGUGAGGUUAAGCACCCUGCUUUGUCGAUGCCCAUGCAGGCUGAGGUUACGCUGGUUGCCCCCAAAGGACCCAAAAUCAUGAUGACGCCCAGCAGAGCCCGGGUUGGGGACACAGUGAGGAUUCUGGUCCACGGAUUUCAGAAUGAAGUCUUCCCAGAGCCCAUGUUCACGUGGACUCGGGUUGGGAGCCAUCUCCUGGACGGCAGUACCGAGUUCGAUGGGAAGGAGCUAGUGCUGGAGCGGGUCCCCGCCGAACUCAAUGGCUCCAUGUACCGCUGCACGGCCCAGAACCCACUGGGCUCCACGGACACACACACUCGGCUCAUCGUGUUUGAAAACCCAAAUAUCCCCAGAGGAACGGAGGACUCCAAUGGUUCCGCAUCUGGCCCUGCUGGCGUCUGGCUCACCUUGGUGCUCUCCCUAACAGUGGUCCUGGAGCUGACGUGAAGGCUGGGCACCCCCACCACUCCAUCUGAAACUGACAUCUCCACGAUCGGUUUUCAUUUCUUUUCUAAACAAUUUCCAAGCCUUGUUCUUAGUCUCAUUCUGUCUGUGAAUUGGCUUCUUCGGUCGGUUUAAUUAAAACAAACAGAACAAUUUUCCCC